AUGGAAUGGAAUUACAUAAUCCGUAUUUUCAAGAAUUUUGGAUUUUCUGAUAAAUGGUGUGAGCUCAUUUUUGAAUGUAUUUCAGCUGUCAAAUCUACAGUACUGUUAAAUGGGAUACCAGGAGUUCCUUUUAACCCUACUAGGGGACUUCGACAAGGAGACUCAUUGUCUCCAUAUCUGUUUAUAACAGCUUUGGAAGGGUUAUCCAGGUUGUUUUAUCAAGAUGAACAAAAUAAAACUUUCUCAGGAACAACAACAGGACCAACAGCAGCAGAAGCAUUAGCGCUGCAACAAACAGUAAGAUGUGCAAAAGAGCUGAAGAUAUCUAAUAUCAAGAUCAAAGCAGAUUAUAUGGACGUCGUUAAGUUUUUGAACAACAGGGCAUCAACUUGCGAUUGGAGAGCUAAAGCUAUUCUAAAAGAUGUCCAAGUUUUGUUGUGUAAUUACGAAAAUGUGGAUAUUAGUUAUGUAUAUAGGAAGUAUAACGGGGAAGCGGAUCAACUAGCUAGGUGGAGUCGAAAAAAACAAAAGACAUAUAUAACAGAUGACUCAAAUAUUUUGGCUUUAAAAAACAAAUCUUGA